AUGGCUGACGUUAUUUCUUCUUUGCAAACUCAAUUGAAAGAAUUAGACACCAAAUUUGCUGGUAACAAUGUUUUGAACCAAUUGGAACAAAGAACCAAUUUGCCAAAGUCUUAUUUGGUUGUUGGCUCUACCAUCUUCUACUUACUUUUAAUCUUUAUCAAUGUUGGUGGUAUUGGUGAAAUUUUAGGUAACUUUGCCGGUUUUGUUAUCCCAGCUUACUACUCUAUCCUAGCUUUGAAGACCACCACUACCAAGGAUGACACUCAAUUGUUGACCUACUGGAUUGUCUUCAGUUUCUUGAAUGUCAUUGAAUUCUGGUCCAAGGCUUUGCUAUACAUCAUUCCAUUCUACUGGUUCUUGAAAACCAUCUUCCUGUUGUACAUUGCUUUGCCACAAACUGGUGGUGCCACUAUGAUUUACAACCGUUUCAUCUCCCCAUUGACUGACAAGUACAUCUUGGGUCCAAAGAAGACCGAUGGUGUGCAACAAUCUGUUAAGGAAGCCUCUAGAGCUACCGGUGCUGCUACUCACUAA